AUGCCAGUCACCUCUUCGAACGAAUACGAGUCAACUGGGAGAGCCAUGGUGCAGCAGAUUCGGGAUGGCUCUUCGCGAACGAUUGGCAAGGACACUCCAUUAAUGAACGUCCAGGCUGCGAACGACGAAGACAUGAUGGACUGCCCACAAAAGCGCCUAGGAAACAUCAUUUGA